GUUUAACUAUACGUGGACAAGAAACACUGCGCAUAUCACAAUGCUUUACGGAUUAUAUCAUUUAAAUUCCAGCUGCCUCUAAGUGUCGUUAUUUUCACUCAAACAAGAUGUUUAUGACCACACUGAGGCAACCAGGGCAUUUUGUGUUGUGUAACUUCCAAUGAAUAUGGGUCAAAGUUAUUCAAGAUGUUUUCAUAACACCCAUAAAGUGACAAGAUAGUUUUUUUUAAUUGUUUAUUUCAGAGAUGUAUAGGACUGGGUGCGUAUAUUGAAACCGAUACCCCUGGAUUCACACCAAACAAUGAGGAUUAUAUCUUAAUUUCAUUCUUUUGCUGAAAAAGACAAAAAAAUAUGAUCAUAAUCAUAAUUGCUAGUAAUUACGAUAGAGCGAUUCAUUGAUCUCUAUUAGGAAAUGUAUAUAUAAACCUUCUGGAUUUUAUUGUUUUAUUAAAGACUUAUGUAACCAUAAUUUUUUGUCAUUUUUCACCCUUGUUAUAAGUGUUAAGGAAGAUCGCACUUCAUUUACGAUAUGUUAAAGUUCAAGAUGUUCAAAACUGAAGACGAGGCUCGCUUUCAUUCAUGUUGAGUUCAUUAUUUAAUUAUCCUUCGUUUAACAGAUGACUGAAUGUUUAGCUACGAUAGGGUUGCUUUCCGUCUUAGGUAGACUUGAAUGAUGAAUAUGAAAAAAAAGAUAGGCGGGACUAAACGUCAUGAGUUUUCACAGUUAGAUAAAUACCUUGCAUUAAAACAGAAUGGGAUUUGCUGACACCUGGAUUUUAUAUUUAAAGUCUGUCAGCAGAAUCUUUUCUCAUAAGCUCUGGCUGUGUCGUCUUCUUCGGACAUCUCUUUUUCAUUUUGUGUUUUCUUUAAUAUGACAUCAAUGUUUCAAGCUAGUAAACAGUUGCAAGAAAUUCGUAAACAGUUAAAACAAAUGGACGAGCAAUAUAGAGAUGGAUUUAAGGCGGAUUCAAUGGAGAAUAGUUCUGAUGCUAUUAGUAAAGCAGAUUCAAACCAGAUUAGUGCUUCGGGUACCCAAGACAAGAUAACAGGAAGUCACGAAAACUUGGAAAAUGCCACGAUAACUCAAGGCCACAAGAACCAGUCUAAUUUCCACAGCUUUCUGUCGAACGUCAGCGUUUCCCACGUCAAUGAUUUUGAGCAUGUUGAGUCGGUCCUCUCCUCGCUCAUUGAGGACUCACCGGACGAUUCCCAAGAUAUCAUGCCCCUUUCACACGAGUUACGACAAGCCAUAACUAAUAUGGAGGAUAUCGAGGACGUGGACAGCCUAAUUGGCAACGUUAUCAAUUCUGUUCAGAUUGAUUCAUCUUACGAUGAAGAUCUCCAUUGUAUUGAACAGGCAGUGGCGUGUACAAUAAAUAACAGUAAUGAAGGGUAUCUCAAAGUAAUGGAGAAAUCUUCAACGACAGACAAUCCACAACCGAGGCCAUUCAUAUCAAAGGAAGAAGAGCAACUAUGGAAGAAGGAUAGAAUAAAAAAGGAUAACCACAAUAUUAUUGAACGAAGACGUAGAUACAACAUCAAUGAUCGGAUAAAAGAACUAGCAACACUGUUGCCUCCAACAACCCAUCCAGCGAUGAAACUUAAUAAGGGCUCCAUUUUAAAAGCAUCCGUGGAAUAUGUCAGGGAACUGAAAAAGGACAAAGAAAAGCUGGUUUUAUUUGAAUCCAAACAGAAAACGAUGGAAGCCAAAUACCAAAAGAUGUUGAUACGUAUUUUUCAACUAGAAUUGAAAAUGAAACUGUAUGGAUUAACAGAAGACAUGGACCACGUCCAAACUAAGCGAAAGAAGCGACCGAGAAGGCGGCUAUGUGAAAUUGACGCAAUGGUAGAAGAUUUGAUGAAACAAACUUUGCCAUCCAAGCAAGUCUCGAAUGAAAAUUCCACAAUUUCAUCGACAGGUCGACAACCCGUUUCGGAUGUUGAACAAACUAGUACAGUCCCUACGAAGUCUGCAAAGAGCGGAUUAAGAAACUUUAUCAAUAAAAAACUUUCAUCAGAGAACUCUGAAGGAGUCAAAUAUAGGUGCAACUCGAAAAUUACAAACAGUAGUUUAAAACCUGAAAAAGAAUCUGCCGGACAAAAUUCAUGCAGUAGCUUUAAGGAGAACACAGAAUAUCGGGUUUGUUAUGAAAAUAAUGACUCUACACCAGCACAGACCUCAGAAGAAAUGGAACAAAAGAGUUUGCAUCUCGUAAUUCCUGAACAAUCGUGUUCAUCAAAACAUGGUCAAGUAAAUUGCUCUACUCUAAAUUCUGCAACGAAUGCAGAAUUAAGUUUAGACCAAUGCAAUCUCUUGCUUGAUUUAUUUGGAUCAGAAAAUGUCACUAUAUUGCAAACCGAUGAGCAUUCUGAUCAGUUCUCUGCCGCUGAUUCGUCACCAUCUCCCGCAGAUGAAAAAAUUACUUCCCCUGUAUUAUCCCCCGUAACCUUGACGACAAACAUGCUUGAAGCUUUAUUGAGGAAAAACGAUAGAGGAAGUUUGUCAUCCAGCUCUUCUGGGACUCAGUCAUUGGAGAGUUCUACCGACAGCACAGGGCUUAAGUAACACGGUCGUCUAAAGGCAAAAUAUACCGCUUACCGCAAAAUCCUCAUCAACAAAAUGAGACCGCAGAGGUUUUGGCAGCAGUUAUGUAAGGUCGUGCAUGACACCAACUAUUCGUCACGUGUCUUGUUAGGCGUUCACCUUGUAUACCUUAACCUCUACGUUCCAGUUCCAGUGUACCUUAACAUGUCCUAGUAUUACUAUUAAAAAGAGUUUCAUUCGCUUAGGUAAUUGAAACUAAUUCAUGUGUAUGAACAGAAAUUAAAUGCAUGACCCCCGAGACUGCACAGUUCUUCACGGGUGGUUUUUUUAUUUUUGUUAAACGCGGGGAACGUUGAAAUCCGAGAUAAAAAUCGACACUUGCAUGUUAAACAUUGUGAAUUUGGAGGGAAGGAAACGAAUAAUCAAUUUAUUUUGGAGAAAGGAUCCAUUAAAGGAAGUCCGUAUUCAACAUUAUCAAUACAAUACAUCAUAAUAAUGUGACAAUGGACCAUACAUUACGUUGUUUAUUCAACCUUAAUUAGUAUAGUCCUGCUCUACCGGUGAAAUGACGUGGUAAUCUCUGAUGACAAUCUGUUAUUAUUAUUAAUGUAACUUGCCUAAUAUGGUUUAUAAGCUAUUGUGCAUGACGAUAUAUUUACUCUUUAAUAGUUUCCCAUAGUCAACAAAUUAUUCUCAGUAUUAUGUAAUAAGGUAAAACAAUCUAUGUUUGUAUGAUAUUUCAGGAUAUAUUUUAGCAUUUUAUAUAUUUUUUUUUAAAUAUUUUUGUUACAGUUGUGUAAUCAAAGCAUAUAUUAUAUUUCAGUAAAUUUUAUUUGAAUAAAUA